AUGACUCCCGGACCCUGGUUGCUGGUGCUCUGGAUGCCUCUCCUGGCCACUCUGCCCGCGGGCGCGGUGCAAGAGAAGGAGGAGGAGGCGGUGAUGGCAGCUCCAAGAUGUAAAUCUCUGAAGGAAGCAGACUUCAUUGAAACAUCUAAGCCAGACUGUUACUGCUACAAGCAAGAGCAAAUACAGUGGACAUACAUGUGGUCGACGGUGCAGGUGACCGUCGCCAGUCGAGACCUGCUCAGAUUUGUGUACAUCACCGGAAGUCGCAAUUGCCAGCAUCCGGAAACCAUCCUAUCAUUUGUCAAAUGUGUGAUUUAUAACUUUUGGGCACCAGAGGAGCUUAAGGGACUGAUCAUGGUCUUCAGUCCAUACGGAGAAACCGUAUGCUUCUCCGUGAGGCCCAUCGGGAGGGUGUCGACCUACAUAGUGAGCGUGGACCGAAACAAUGUGGAUCUCAGGCUCCUCCUCCUAUUUGUGGCAGGCAUUUUUCUCUUCUUUUCUGCAAAGACCUUGAGCCGAAGCCCUGUUUUCUAUUACUCUUCCGGUACUGUGUUAGGUGUGCUCAUGACCCUAGUCUUUGUCCUUCUGAUGGCUAAGAGACACAUUCCAAAGGUAGUUUAUGUCGGGUGCCAGCUGACGGAAGACCUGAAGAGGCUGAACAGACUGUACGUAUUAGGCUAUUUCCUGGUUGUUGGGCUUUGUAGCUUUGGUGCCUGCUACUGGCACGGGCCUCUCACCAGUGAGUGGAGCAGAGGCCUUCUGAGGUGGACACUGCGGUUCCUCUCCCUGGUCCUGCUCUACAUGGGGGCAGCCGUGCCUCAGUUUGCCUAUGCCAUCAUGGUCCUCCUCCUGUUCUCCCGGAGCCUGCGCUAUCCGCUGAGAGCGCUCAGCUAUCUGAGGUGGAAAAUGAGGCCAUGGUUCAUAAGAGAACCUCCAGUCAUGAAGUAUCUCACCGAGGACGAGUACAGGGAGCAAGCUGAGGCUGAAACAGCCGGCGCUCUGGAGGAGCUGCGCCGUGCCUGCUCCCGGCCUGACUUCCCUUCCUGGCUGGCUGUGUCCAGGCUCCAGGCUCCUAAAAAGUUUGCAGACUUCAUUCUCGGAGCGAGCCACUUGUCCCCCGAGGAAGUCAGCACACACGAGAGGCAGUACGGCCUUGGGGGCGCCUUCUUGGAAGAACAGCUCUUUAGCCUUCGUGCUGACAGUCAACCUGCAAGCUGACUUCAGUGUGGACGAGGGAUCGGGUAAAAGGCAAAGAUCCUCGUACAGUGGGGCAGUGGGAAAAGCGUGCACCGCUAAGGAAAACAAGCCAUGCGAGUGAGGAGAAGCACGCAAGCGUGCGGAGAACUCGCCUCGGGCAGCCCGCUUACUGCCCCGUAGGUGGCAUAAGGACCCUAAGAAUCAUUGCCGCUUGCCCCAAAUGAAGACAACUUUUGUUAGAACAGCGGGACUUUAGGACAGUAAGCAAGGUCAGAUACCAUCCCAGCGCCGGGCUCUAGCUUCUAUCUUGAUGCCGUGAAGCUGGCUCAAAAGGCUGCCUCGUUCUCUCUCCAUUUCUUGAUAGCAGUGUUUUCUAAGGUGCACUCCGUGUGGUACUAGUUAGGGCUGAUAACGGGUUCCCGCGCCGGCACGGUGGACCCUGUCCCACCUAGCAGGUUCCUCCAUCUUCAGCGCAGUGAAGGCAUCAUGGGUCUGAACCGCAGACAUCGUGCACCAGGGCUGCAGACUGACUGACCAGAAAUCAUUUUCCAUGAGAUGAAUAAUUGUUAGAACAUGCUUGGAGGUUCGGGUUUGAGAGGUGUGUCCUCAGCCACCUUGGCCGCGCGCCAGCCCUGGUGCACCCUGAGACUUGGGUGGACGACCAUCUUCAGACGGAGGGUCGGGGCUCUGUCCUCAGCAGCCUUGGUCUCACCGUGUUGGUGCCUCCAUUUUUGUCUAUGUUGCUUUUUUUAGAAAAAAAAAUGACCAAUUAGCUAUUUAAUAACUAACGGAAAAAAAUUUCUUAGGAUUAUAUUUAAUGUUUUCACAAGAUUUCAUAU